CUUCUGAGUCAUUUAUCAGUGCAAAACAUGCGCGUGUCUGUAGGUGGGAAGAUAUAGCAGUGCGUUUCAUAUUAACAAAGAAAUACAUAAAUGAAUCUCUUUCCAUUUGUCUGUUAAUGCAAAACAAAUGUCACGCAUAGGAACAAUCUGUACUACAUCCGCUUCUCGGACCACCUCGUCUACUGGUUAAAACACCAUUGCUUUUAGGCUGUUUGAUUGGAUAUUUGCCCUUUUCACUCGUGAUCUCAUUUCCUGUACAGCGACAAGCUAUUUAUUUAUUUAUUUAUUUAUUUCUACGCUCGGGCUAGGAAUGUGAGCGGCUGGCUUUAGAUGUUACUGUAUAUAACAUAACAGCUGGAUCUCUGGAGACUGAGGGAGUGUUUAUGCAUCUGUCAGCACGCGCAAGCGUCAACUCUAGUCAGUGCACGAAAUGAUUCGCAAAACGCACCUAAGCGUUAUUCUUUGAUAAAAAAGCGGCCUAGUUUUGAUGUAGCCGCAGUGACAACCCAAACCUACAGCAACUCUGCAGAACUGCCUCACGUGGACUUUUGAAGGCCUGUUGUUGUUGAACUUCUCCCGACUGACAGGAUGUCUAUCACGGACCAUAGCCCCACCACUGGGGUCGUCACAAUUAUUGUAAUACUCAUUGCCAUUGCCGCACUGGGGGCUUUAAUUCUCGGUUGUUGGUGCUAUUUGCGGCUGCAGCGCAUCAGUCAGUCUGAAGACGAGGAAAGCAUUGUUGGUGAAGGUGAAACCAAGGAGCCCUUCUUGCUGGUCCAGUAUUCGGCCAAAGGCCCGCGGGUGGAGCACAAGACCAAGCUCACCCCAAACGGCACCGAGAGCCACACCUAAGUCCUCUCAUCUCCCUUCACAAUGCAUACUGUGUCGUGUUUGUACACUCCGUCAGUCUUAAAGAAUUUCAAACCUUACAGUGUCGCUCAACACUGAAAUGAAACCACUCCACCUUUUCAACAAGCUGAUGAACAAAGACAAACCUAGUGCAUGCAGUUAUCUAGUUGCUUUGACUUGAUUUUUUUUCGCCCAUUUUGUGGUGGUAGAGCCCUGUUAUAAUGUGAAAUCGACAACUGUCAGCGUUUUGUGCAAUGCUGUUUUUUUGUUAAGCCGUAACUGAGUUCUCAAGCUAAAUCAGACUGAAUUUUCCUUUAUUUUUUUAAAUUAUUCUUUAUUUUUGCAUCCAGAGCUGGCUCUAGGAUUCAGAAAUUCAACACAUUUAAACAGACUGAUUUCACAACCAUGUCAAAGUUUUUUAUCCAGUUCAUUCCAUUUACUUUUAAAAAUAAAGGUUAUUUAUUGGCGUCUGUGGUUCCAUAAAGAACUUUAACAUCCAUGGAAUCUCUCCAUUACACAAAAGUUUGUUCAUAGUGGAAAAACAAUGUCUCUUCUAUGGCAUUGCUGUGAAAACCCCCUUUUUGAACGUUUAUUUUUAAGCGUUGAAUUGCAAUACAAAAGGAAACAUGGUUUUCAUUACAAAUAAGCAAUUCAGGAUACCAUAACUUGCCAAAUUAUGUAACUGGCUUUGAAAAGCUCUUACAUUAUAUUUAGUCCUGUUUAGAAACAUGGUUUCAUUAGCACUUUCUAUCUUUAAUGUGACAUACACGUGAUUUUGUAACAGCGUUUGCUGGUGCUGGUUUAAUUCUGCUAGGAAACCACUAUAAGAACGAAAGCCAAUGACUGUGGUCUUUUUAAAUAGUAUUGGGACACCAGAGGCGUUCGUUUUUCGUGGUUGAGCACAUUUCGACAUCGCAAGGUGUCGUUUGAAAGUGUAAAUAUUAUUUUUAUAGAUGGCUUAAUGCGUAAAUGGAUACUGAAAAGUCAUUGUCUUGAGUUUUUAACCUGUUCCUUCACCGUAUUAUUUUUUUGUUCAUUAAAUCCAGCUGGUUUUUGUGAUAUUGCAGUGUUUGCUGUUUGUACAUGUAAGAUGAAAGUGAGAGAAAUUAUUUAUUUUUAUACAAUACUCAUGCAAAUGUUGUCUGUAGAAGCAAAAUCAAAGGUCAGGAUAUUAGGGAGGCAGAUGAAGCCUAAAAAUGCAGCUGAAAUGAUUUAUUUGAUGUCACUAAUAUCAGAUGUUUAGGGUUCUGUCAUACAUUUGAAGUCGACAGAUUUUGUGUGUGUGUGUGUGUGUGUGUGUGUGUGCACUAUGUGCUGUUCUAUAUAAAGAAAAUACAAGGACAGCACAUGCAUGUUAUUUUAAUCUGCAUAUUUGAGAAAAAGCUACUUUUUAUCAGUAAAGCGCUCAGUAUAUUGCUUAUAUCACCCCAGCCAGUGUCUGUCCAGUGUGUUUGACUGUCCUGAACAAUAAAACCUCUGUUAAUA